ACUAAACCUUUUACUUAAGAGCAUUUGCUUCGUACUCUGGAGCAAACGCUCAUAUUCGUUAUCUUCAUAAAAACACCCAUCGAUAGCUUAUUUCCUAUAAGAACGACGACCAUGAAGAGAUUAUUUAAAAAACCACAAUUCGCUAUCCAUGAUUUUCAUUUAGUUCGGUUAUAAUCAGUGCAUUGUACAGAUGAGUUCGUCAAGUGGCUGUGAAUCGCCGGGGUCCGGUGCUGGGAAAACUGCAAAUUCCCAAUUAUUUAUAGUCCGAGAAAUCGAAAAACGACCUGAAUUACUAUCAAAAUCUCAGUUACCAAAUGAAAAAGCAAAAAAAGAAAAAUCCUUACUGGAGGUGGUGGAAUUGUAUGAAGUCCACUUAGGGCUUCGCAUCAGCCAACAACAGUUGAAGAAAAAAAUUAACAAUAUGAAAUCGCGGCUCAAGAAGAAGACCGACAAACAGAAGACCGGAAACAAACGCAUUACUUUGCAUGAGUGGGAGAAGAUCUUGUAUAAGAUACUUGAAGGAGAUGAUAAUCCAACAAUCAACAAAAUUCCGGAACCUGCUGUAGCAGGUAUGGCGAAAAGGGCACAAGAAUGUGAGCCCAAACACAGAGAGGAAAAGAACUGUGAAAAGAGUAGACGUUCUCCCGAGCCCAAGAAGUCAAAACUUUACAACUACGAGACUGAGGAAACACACAGUUUAACCACAACGGAACUACAAAGACUUGUGUUGUUGGAGCAACUAAAAGCCGCAAGGAUGCAAAGAGAGUAUAUUUUGAAGAAAAUGGAACGACUGGAAUAAACUGACAGUGAUAAUAUGUGUAUUAUACCAAAUAAACGAUAUUUAAC